UAUGUGGUCAUACUCUCUAUCAUAACUGUCUUGAAAAAAGUAACAGAGAUAAGCAAAAAACUUGUCCUAUUUGUUUCGUAGAUAAUGAAAGACUAGUAUUAGCUAAAGUUCAGAAUAUAGAUAUGACAGAGGCAGUGGAAGGUGAAA